AUGGACGUCGACGACCUCCAGGUGCCGCUCCGAGGGUUUGAAGACGUGACGCCCAUCCCUCAGGACGAUAGUGCUGAUCCUGUCGUGUCCAUUGCCUACAGGCACAACUACACGGUCGCCACGGACUACUUGAGAGCGUUCCAGGCCUCGGGAGAAACCAGCGAGAGGUCGCUAGCCAUAACGAGGCUGGUCCUCGAGUACAAUGCCUCUCACUACACCGCCUGGUGGUUCCGUCGAAGGUGUCUCUUCGCGCUGGGGAUGGACCUGGCGAACGAACUAGAAGUGGCGGAAGACAUCGCCGGGGACAACCCUAAGAACUACCAGGUUUGGUAUCACCGGCGAGCCCUCGCGGAACACAGGGGUGACCCGGGCGAUGAGCUAGCGUACGUCGAUCAGGUCGUGGAGGAAGACCCCAAGAAUUACCACGCCUGGUCGCAUCGACAAUGGCUGCUGCAGGAGUUCCGAAUGCUGGACACGCAGGAGGGGCGAAACUUGGAGCUGUCUGCGGUAGACGCUCUCCUGCAGCAAGACCUGAGGAACAACUCGGCGUGGAAUCACAGGUGGUUCGUCAUGCACUCUGCCCUGGGCACCAAGGGGUCGCUAUCAGACGAGGCCGUCAAAUCUGAGCUGGCGUACGCGCUGGGGUACGCGAAAACCGCGCCCAGCAACGAGAGCCCGUGGAACUACCUGAGGGCGUUUUUCCGGACGGGGGGCAGGGCGUACAAAGACUUCCCGGAGGUGAAGGGAGCCGCUCUCGCGCUGCAGAAGACCGAGGCGGGCGCGAAGAGCCCUCACGUGUUCAGCUUGUUGGCCGAGGUGUACGAGAAAGAAGGCACCGAAGACUCCCUCAAGAAGGCGAUCGCCGCCUUCCAGCACCUCAGGGACACGCUGGACGAAGUGAGAGCGAGGUACUGGGAGAGCCGCCUGCGCGCCGCAGCGACUCGACGGCGGCAGCUUGGCGGUGCUGGCGGUAGUGUCGCCACUCCCGCUGCUGCUGCUGCUGUAGAGACGGCAUCGGAAGGAGCAGCGUUGUGAACCCCUGUUUUUUUGGGCACGCAGCGGACUUAUGUAGAGGGCUUCGAGAUGCUGUGCCCCUUCCUUUUUCACCUGGGGGGCAGGGAUGGCUUGCUUCGAUGCUUUUUUUUUUCUUGGCAGCCCCGCGGCCGCGUUUGUUUUUCAUCUUCAACGAUUGGUAUCCAGAAGCCCGAUACCAAGCCCUCCACGUGGGAAAUGGUUCUGGGUAAUUCGUUCUUGCCGAACGUUCGCUUCGCUACAGCAGCGCCGUCGAAAACCUUGCGAGGAAGAAAUCAGUGUGGUGGUUGGCGUUGUCAGAUUGCCGUACGGUGUGUAGAGCCUGCAUGAGGGUUUUUCAGCUGUUCUGGUGUGUUGUGUGGGAGUUCAUGUUUGAAUAAUUUUUCGAGUGUAAAUCUGAAAGUGUUAGUCUUGGAGCGGCAUGUGUAUGCGCCCCUCUGCAAAAGGGUGUGGUGGCAUGGGACCCUCGCGCUGGCUAGAAGCAGAGAAUGAUCGUAGGGUGCUCUCCGACCGCCCGUGGCCUGUCUGCCCCGAGGUAGCGUACCGUUUACGCCGCAUGGCUUCGUUCGGUGCGCCUUUUGUUUGGGCAACACACAAACGCAUGUAGUAUGUGUUCCUCUAUGUAGGCGGCGCCGGGAGCGUACUCUAGAAGUCCAAAAAAAGCAGUUACCGGUAGCUCCCGC